AUGAACUACCGCACGUGGGAGAUCACCACCAUCACAUUCCCCAUCUCCCAACGCUUGCUGGCGAAACUCCACGAAAGACGCGAGCAACGUGCACCAAAACCACUACUUCGCAGAAGCAUAUUGCCAGAGUGGGUCUUGGCGGCCGCCGACAUCGACCAGGCCAUCCGCAUAAUGAACAGCACGCGCUUCGGCAACCCCGACCGCUUCAAGGACCGAGUGGCCGUGGAAAUCCUCGGGGCCGCGCGGCGUGUCAGAGACCCCAGCGCGCAGGCUGCCGUGUGCAUGGGUGUCCAGUACCGGCAAAGCCCGCGGGACCUCGCAGCACACCUCGGGACCAUCAGCUUGACUGCCAUCGGGGGUGCUUUGACCCACGAAACGCGGGGUGUCCGGACCUGCCGCCAGACCGGUCUCUCCGACAAGAAGCUGGCCAUCGGCCUGUCGGCCGCCUCUGCUGCGUGCGCCGCCCGCCGCCCCUUCUCCGACUGGGCGACGUUGGGAGACGAGAUAGCGACACAGAUGCGGAAGUAUUGCCGGGGCCGCGGUCGGGAGCAUUUCUCGGCAAGGCAAGCGGCCGCUGACUUGACCCAGGCUGGCCAUUACUUGGCCGCGGCCGCGGACGGCAAGAAAACGAAACGCAUCCCAGGCUUCAUGAACUACAAAGAGCAGGCGGAGAAGUGCGAAUACAGCAAGCUCGUUUGCCGGAUGACCUCCCCCGCGGCCGCGGCCGCCGCAAGGGCAGCCACGGCGUAUGGAAUUUAG